CCAACGCAACAGGCGAACAAGGACAAGUCCACUCCACUCCCAGAUUGCCCGACAUGAGACUUGGUUUUGUCAGUUAUUUGAUUAUCCUGCUCUUUGCACUCGCUGCAGUGGCAGAGACGCCAGAGGCCCCUAAGGAGCUGCAGAUCGAGUCCACGUACACACCUGCGGAUUGCUCCAACAAGGCGCAGAACGGGGACGUGUUGCAGGUGCACUAUACCGGAAGGCUCUUUUCGAAUGGCAACAAGUUCGAUUCCAGUCUCGACCGUGGAAAGCCUCUUCCUGUGACGCUCGGCAGGGGCCAGGUGAUCAAGGGCUGGGAGGAGGGCCUUAAGGGGAUGUGCCUAAACGAGAAGCGUACUCUUACCAUCCCCUCGGACAUGGCAUACGGCUCGCGCGGCUUCGGCUCUGUCAUCCCCGCGAACUCUGCGCUCGUAUUCGAUGUUGAGCUUAUGAGUCUGGAUGCUAAGGGUCCGCGUGAGGAGCUGUAGAAUGGUCUCCUAAAUCCCAUUUGAGAACCAUGUUCAGUGCCUAUAACUUGCGCUAUGUGUAUUUAAUGGAAUAUUACAACAGCAAAGCA